AGGUAGAUAGAGGCCGGCGGAGGCCAGGAAGACAGCACCAGUCAGUGGCCGGUGUGUGUCGCAGUGAGCCGUGCCCGCACCAGCUCCGUGCCCUAGACCCACACAAGGUCUUCUCUGCUGCCAGGGGUUACUAGCGGUCAAGAUCGUCCGCUCACCAAGGACUGCCCCGCUGCAAGAAUUAGUGUGUUUGUCGACACGGGGAAACUCUGCCGCAACAUGGCUCUCUCGGCCGUGGUGCUGUUCCCUGCUGCUCUUGUCUUGGUGUGGAGCGGCCUGGUGGAAGCGCUGCCGCAGGUGCCAGCUGACCUUGGACUCCACCCUGAGGGUCCCAAAGGUCCCCCACAACACAGCUCCAGACCAGUGCUGUUAAAUCCUUUCAACAUCUUAGGCAACCCCUUGUGUGAAUACAAAGGUCUGUCAGGCACUUGUUACGGAGAGGUGGAGUGCCUGGCCCUCGCUGGCAGAUUCGGGAACUUCUGCUCUGGUCUGCGGGGACUCUGCUGUCUCUUCGAUCGGACAUGUGGGCAGAGGACGUCACAGAAGGUCGCUUACUUCAAAAACAUCCAAUUCCCACUGACAGACCAGGCCGGAAACUCUUGCUCCUUCCAGAUCAUCAAACACUCUGACGAAUACUGCGGCCUCAGCGUAGAGAUGGAGGAAGCCAACUUGCCGACUAGGAAGUUCGGACAGUGCACUGACGUCAUAUAUCACGUGACCGGUAUAGAAAACAACAGACUGGAGCCCAAGUGUGGCCUCCUCACCGGGAAGAAAUUCGUGUAUGAAUUCAGAGUGGCGGAGUUGAUGAUCCACGUCAACUCCACCGCCCCGGUCAACGCCAUGUGGAACAUGAAGGUGACACAGGUGCCGUGCAGCGAGUACACGGGUACCGAAGGCGGUGGUGGCACCAGUGGAGGCAUUGUCGAUAUUGGCGAUGUUGUCAGUGGUGGUUCCGGUGGUGGUUCCGGUGGUGGCUCCGGUGGUGGCUUCGGUGGUGGCUCCGGUGGUGGCUCCGGCAGUGGAGGUUCUGGGAUUACCGCCACUACAGGAUCCAAUACGGGAAGGGUUCGUGUUGGCAAGCGCUCGCUCUGUAUGGGACGUGUACAUGACAAGUGCCCAGUACGGGUCCUAAACAGCGCGCGGCAACCCUCAGACUCACUCAAGCUGAUGAGGAAUAUUGAGGCCCUUGGCUUUGGAGUCGCAAUGCUAAAUUGGAUUAAGGCAUGGUUAUCAGCCCUCCCACCCCUUCCUGGCCUGCCGCCCCUCCCCGGCCUGCCACCCCUCACCGGCCUGGCACCCGCCACCCAUCCCGUCUGUGGCUUGAAGGGACCCUCCUUCAACCAGGGAUCUCGAGGCACGUCAUCGUCUGGCAUACGUCUUGGGUCCAACAGCUUGAGUAGCAAGAGUGUGGGUCGCAGGCCGAGACCAGGUGGAGAGGUGUCUCCAGACACCACCCUUGAUGAGCAGCACCUGGGGGAAGGUGUGGAGAGGCAGGAGAAUGUUUCUAAUUCUGUUGGAACCAGAGGAGUUAUUGACACUAGGGCAUGGGGUGGCCCAGACCUCUCCGAUACACUUUUUGCACAUUAUGCAGGAGAACGAAGCAUCUUCUCCAACCGCAUCACCUUCGGCCAGGUGGCCGGGAUCCACGAGUUCCCCUGGAUGGUGGCGAUGACGGCCAAUGGCAGGUUCCACUGUGGUGGCUCCAUCAUUGGUGAUUACUGGGUCCUCACUGCUGCCCACUGCGUCACCUCGUACAAAACUGACCCUGGGGCACUCAGCUUGUCACUUGGUGACUGGGAUCUGUCCACUCAGAAUGACGGGCCAAGUAUAUCAGCGAAGAUAUCCAAGAUCACUGUCCAUCCGGACUACUCCCGCACCACCCUGCAGAAUGACCUCGCUGUGGUCAAGCUCUCCUCGCGGCUCACAUUCUCUCAGGAUGUUCGUUCUAUAUGUUUACCUGCGACAAAUUAUGAUUUGGAGGACAAGCAGGCAACUGUAGCAGGCUGGGGCAGGAAUGAGAAAGGUAACCUCCAGAGUCAACUUCACUACCUCCAAGCUAAUGUUGUGUCCAACAAGCUCUGUGAUGAACGCUGGAAUACUAAAGGUUCCCCAACAGGCUUCAUUGUCCCUUCCAUGCUCUGUAUGGACUCAACAAAUGGAGACUCAUGUAAUGGUGAUAGUGGAGGUCCAUCUAUUAUAGAGGAGCCUGCAGGCUCUGGUAUGUAUGUCCAGGUGGGUUUGGUGUCCUUUGGCUCCGGAUCUUGCACAGAUGAAAAGCUUCCUGGUGUGUAUACUAGGAUAGGCUAUUAUAAUGAUUGGAUCAAAGCUCAAAUGACCUGAUUUUUUUUUUACCACUGUCUGAUAAAAUUUUAAAGUUAGAAUUGUUAAUAUUCAUUGCCUGUUUUGAUCACUUUUGAUUAUCUAAACUUUUUUCACUUUUUUCUUUUCCAACAGAUGUUUUAAAAAUUAUUCAGUUGAUAGAUUGAUAAUAAAUACAUUGACAUAAAUAUAAAGUAUGUACCUAUAUAAUAUUUAAUUUUUAACAAGUCUUCAUUAUAAUUGGAAUUCCUUCUAUCCUGCAAACAGGAUAGAGUGAAUGUAAUCAGAUCGGAAAAUUAUUUGCUCAUAAUACUAGCUAUGGCUUCAGUAGCAGGAACACUAAUAAUUAUAGGUCCUUCAAUAUUUUGUAAUUACCAUACCUAUUUCCCAGUAAAUAUUGCAAUAUUUAUUAUAUCAUUUCAAGUAGUAUUGCUAGCCACAGUAUACUCAAUAUUUAAAAAAAGAAAAAAUGUAAUAUUUUUACGUAACUUUUUGAAUCUUAAAAGAAUCCUGUAUGUGAAAUUAUAAUUUAUUAGCUUUAAUUGCUAUUAGAUAUAACAAUGUUUAUUCACAGUGGUGUUAUCAUAAAUGUUUUGUGGCUGGUUAAGGAACCAUUUACAGGCAUUACUCAUUAAUUUUCUUAGCAUGUAUUUAUAGUUAUCAUAAGUUGAAGAGUACAUUAGUAAACUUAAAGAACAUGGAAACAUUAAUAAAGGCCAUGUUAACAUGUAACAUCAAAAUUCAAGGCUACCGGCAUCUUCGUAAUUUAUUAUAUAUUGCACAAUGUUUUUGUCCUAAUGGGAAAAACACAUGAAUAGCAAUUUUUUUUUAAGAAAAUUUUAGCAAAAAAAGAAUUAUAAAUUUUGUUAGCAUUUACAUUGUGAUUUACACUUAAAAGUUUCAAGAAUGUAUAUUACUUUUGAAUACAGUACUGUACAUGAAAAAGGAAAAAUCUAUAAUUUUUGCUCUAUUAAGGUCAAUACUCUUCUAACUGCCUUUUGAGAUGAUGGCCCCCUACAUCUGAUUAUAAGAACUCAUGGUCCACCUCCCAUUUUGCUAAGCUAGGAUCAUGCUUGCAUUAAGCUUAACCCUAAAUUAUUGAUAUCACACAAAACACAUAAUUAUCAUGCCUAUGAUGAAUCUCUGUGGCCAACUCAGAAAACUGGCCAUAGUGUAUCAGAUGGGAACCAGUGGUAUAGAUGCUUGCACUCAUAUAUAUAUAUUUUCCUUUAAAAUUACAACUGAUAAUACAGUAAAUGACUUUAAUUAGCUGAGAAAUGUUUAAUAUAUCCUGAUACACAUUUGUUCAUCAAGGGCAAACUGUUGUACUGUUAUGUCAUAUUACUACAAUUUUAUAUACUGGGUACUGUAAUAGGUUCAUAUACUGUAUUCUAUGCUUGGGAUGAGGCUGAUAUUUAUUCUAUGCAGUUAAAACCUGAUACUUGUUUGAUUUAUAAUAAAUUUGAACAUUAAUGGAAUAUCUGAACACCGACCAAUGGCUUUCAAGAAGAAACGUUUUUAUUGCCAUUGUGUGUGUAAUGCUUAAGUAGUGAAAACUACCACAUGAAGUUUACUACAACAAAGAACACAUCGUACACUUUGGUGUUUGUUUCUCACCUUUGGUUUCAUCAACAAACUGCUUUAUUCAGUACAACCCACAGUCAUCAGGAAAAGUUCACUAUACAGUACAGUAUAUUCUGCACAUGCCUGUCCUUUUGUUAAAUUAAAUUAAAUUACAAUAGACUCAUAGUUCUACACGAGAGGUUUUUAUGCCCUGCACUUCUAAACGGAAGAAGACGGGAGAUAAUUGAUUUGUUUAAAGUACGAGUACAGUAAACUUUCUGUCUUAUCACAAUUCUAAUUAUACACUGGCAAAAACUUAGCAGUACGGAUCAGUUAUCAUAGCCAUAAAGAAUAAGUCAGGCAAGUUUUGGAACAGUACACACAGUUGGUGAGAUCAAUAAUCACAUGACAAUUUUUAUAAUAAGAUUAUUAAUGACCUUUUCUUCAUAAUUUUGAAGAUGGUUUCAGUCUGGGUUAGACAAUCACCAAUACUGUAAAAUGUUUAAAACCAGUUUUUGUAAGUGUUUUAAAAAAAAAAAUUCUUUAAUAAGUGUGAGACCAUGAUGAUAAACAGUUGAUUUAUUGUUAAAGUUUUAUUGCUAACAUCACGAUAUCACAACCAUUAAGAAAUUAAAUAUAUUGUCUCGUUAAUGCAUAUAUGCAAGAAAAACUACAGUGAACUGGGAAAAAUAGUACAAGUAGUUUCACUUCUUGAGGAGUCUUGAGUCUCGCAACUUAAAGGUGAAAGUUUUUUCUCUUUUGUUUUAUCUCUUUUUAUACUAUUUUUCCAGUUGACUGUUGUCCUUGCAUUUUGAGGUGACAUGUUCUGUGACAUCAUGCAUAUGUAUUUAUAUUAAUAUAAGCAAGUUAUUUGUUAUUAAAUGUUGUUGUUACACAAGAUAAUAAAACUGAAAAGUAA